AUGCCCAACGCUUUGAGAACUGGUCCUUCGCAGCCUCCGCAAACCCCGGACCAGACCCCGCGACAUCUCUAUCGCGUGUUUGAUACCAAUUCGAAGGGUCAAACAUCCGAAACCCAAGUUUCUUCGGAACAUUCUUCGGUGCUCACUUUGCCUGGACGCAAUCGAGGAUGGACAGGCUUUUUGGAGAAGGAUGACUACCAAGGCAUCCGAGCUACUCGACUUGUCCAGCACCUCAAUUGGGAAGUCGUUCCCCCCUACGGUUCCGGUCUUGGGACCAUCAAACUCGGACCAUCUACGAGAAAGGCUCCUUUUCCUCGACUCGUCAAUGAUGGCUUAUUUGACAUCUUCCCGCACCUGAAUCCUGAGAGCGUUGAGGACGGUCUGGCGAAUCGGGUUGUUGAGCUACGGAACGAAGUUGAAGGUAAGAUUAGGAAGGCUUUAACCCUUGGCGUUACAUGCUUCGGACCGAAGCUUUCUGGGCCUUUCGCAGCGAUGCUUUUGUCGAUGUUGGAUUAUCCUAGCAGACUAAGCGCUGAAGCUAUGACAACAUUCUUGACCUUGUACAGUCAACCAACACAUUUUCUCGUCGAGCCUGUGGAAGUCCCAGCUGAAGGUCCUUGGGGAGUCUAUCGAUAUCAUGGCUUCGUCAAGGAAAUCAUGAUGUAUGAAAAGGCUGGGGAGGCCAAAAGAGAGGCUGUUAAGCAGAAGACCGCCGAGCUGCCAGAACAGGUAGAUUACGUCAGGAUCUCUCGUAAUCUUACGGUAUAUGCACGAUGCCCUCCAGGCCCAGUCAAUCAAUGACGUGCACAUCUGCUCGGCUAUUCGAGAUCUGAGCAGUCCAUCACGAGAUCGUUCAGCAUGCAUGUGAUCGGCAACAAGCUUUACACUACAACAUUGAUCGCAGGAGUUCUCCCGAGCUUUGACUUAGAGCGGACAGAGAAAGGCCGCAGGGAAGGCAAGUCUAGAGAGACUUUGGUGGGCAUAUCUAGAUGAGAAUCCCCGACAUUCAAGCCACGGCUUUCAAAUAGAUAAGCAACAGAGUUUAGUCGCUUCGGGCAGAGUAGAAUAGAUCAGGGAGCAAGCAAAGUGAUUUGAUCAUGAUAUUUACCAGCCAGGCAGGUUCCAAUUCAGAUACCCACGUUAUAUGCGC